AUGGCGACAACUACAGAUAAUGCAGCUCAGCUUAUAUUUGCACCGAAUGUCCUGCACAAUCAAGCGCUGACAUCUGUCAAAUUCCUGUCUUCUUGCUUCGCUGGCGCUGUUUCAGGAAUCCUCGGACUAGAGAACUGGCUAGGAUUCGCACUGUUUAUAGCAUCCAUCGUUUCAACCUCAUUUAUCAUCUACGCCAUAAACUGCAGAGGGAAACCUGCCAAGUACUUGCCUGGCGGACUUGGGGAGCUGGUCAACCCUGGCCAAGACAACAUCUUCACAUUUAUUCUUGUAUGGACACUGUUUUACGAAGUGGAGCUCGCUAGUCAUCUCAUCGGUAAAGCUUGA